GUGAAAUGUUCAUAUCGCCAAGUUAGGAAAAUUGUCAGCGCUGUACCACAGAUGGUGCGUCAGUACGGCUGCGUUCAAGAUUCCCAGCAGCGCUUUUGCGACCUGCUGCAGCUGCCAUGUGCGAGAUCAUGGUCGUCUCAUUUACAAAGGACGAGUGGUAACACGCGCGCAGGAAGCCUCGAGAUCGCUCCUUCCCUACGACGCCACUGCUGCGGGCGCCGCCGGGGACUUCCUCCGUCGGCGUUGCCGCUGCUGAGAGGCGGUUCUCAAAAGUUCGGAGUUGGAAGACCAGCUCUUGGCCGUCCGUGCCGUCGGUCUAAAGCGAAGACAGCCCACAUCUCGGCUGCGAAAUCAUUGCCGCCAGUGUUGGUGACCUUUGAAGGCGACGCCACGGUGCACAACCGGUUGAGGGGCGACCGCCACAAUGGAUGCCGAGUCACUCACGUGCACGGCGGAGCGGAACCGAAGCCGACAAAAAGAGCCAACAGCAGCGUUCUAUUGAAGAGAAAGCAUCGCUAUAUACCGGGUACACCAACUCACUUGGACCGAGACAGAAAAACAUUACAAAAAAGACCUCGAGAGAAAUGCUACCAACCGCUUAUUAAGGUUACGCCGUCAACGCCGACGCUCGACGCUCGCCGCAGGAACGGGCGCCUAGGAGCUGCGCUCUAAAAGAAAAUCCCGUGAAAUUUGAAGACAAGCCCCGCGAUAGGGUGCUGGCGCGACCGUUAUUGUGCUGCGCUCAACCACGCAAUGGGUGAACAAACACGGCCGCAGCCCGAUGGUGGCCACUGGGGAGUGACAGGGUGUUGCGCCGUUUGCAGGCAUCUGGGCCUCCGGCUCCCGUCUCGUAAAGGCGCAAAUGCAUGUUGCUGGCCGAGUGCUGAGGAAGUGGUAAAGCGUCCAAGACUGCGAAAGAGAAUGAAACGGUUGUUUUUUUUCUGUUUCAAGGAAGGAAAGGGCGAGGUGCAUGAGAACCAUGGAAGGUGAUGACAGCUGCCGUAA